AAUAAUCGUUCGUAGCUCCACAACAAUCAGUUAUAUCUCAGAAAAUAGUGUGUUCAAUUGCGUUAUUUCAUCAAGAUGAAAUUUACACUAUUUUCUUUUUUUGCCGUUUUGCUCUUUAUUGGUAUGGCACAAGCAAUUCAACCAAGUGAUACAAAUGGCCCCACAUUGAAAAGAUUUCGAAGAUUCACUUGUGAUGCCCUCAGCUUUGAAGCAGGAAGUGUUAAAGUAAAUCACGCUGCCUGUGCCAUUCACUGUGCAUCCCUUCAUUAUAGAGGAGGUUACUGUAAUGACAAAGCUGUUUGUGUCUGCCGAAGAUGAACAAAAAUUGAAAAUGUCCUUAUUUAAUACAAAUAAACGUUUUGAUUCGA